GCUGGGAUAGUGCUACUGAUCAAUGUGCAACUUGGUUUAACUGCAUUUUUACUAUAAUUUAUAACUGCACACGGGCGACUUCCUGACAGAACCAGUAGCCAUGAAACUGGUACUCCCAAAUCCUGGCCUAGAUGAACGGAUUCCUUCGUAUGAGGAGCUGGAGGAGCUGGAGAAGAAGGAGGUCGGGGACAGACCCAAAUGGGACAACAAGGCGCAGUAUAUUCUCACCUGUGUAGGAUUCUGCAUUGGUCUCGGUAACGUGUGGCGCUUCCCGUACUUGUGUCAAAGUCAUGGAGGAGGGGCCUUCAUGAUUCCCUUCCUCAUCCUCCUGGUCCUGGAGGGAACGCCGCUCCUGCUGUUGGAGUUCGCCAUCGGCCAGCGCCUCAGGAAGGGACCAAUCGGUGUCUGGACCUCCAUCAACCCUUACCUCACUGGAAUCGGUAUUGCGUCUAUGCUGGUGUCCUUCAUGAUUGGACUGUACUACAACACCAUCAUGGCCUGGAUCAUCUGGUACUUCUGCAACUCCUUCCAGGACCCCCUGCCGUGGAAUGACUGCCCCCUGAAUGAGAACGGCACAGGCCUAGUCGAAGAGUGUGAGCGGAGUUCCCCGGUGGACUACUUCUGGUACCGCGUCACCCUGAACAGUACUCCCACCAUAUCGGAGUCCGGCGGCAUCCACUGGCCUAUUGUGCUCUGUCUGUUGGCCGCCUGGACAGUGCUCUGUGUCUGCUGCAUCAAGGGCAUCCAAUCCACCGGCAAGGCGGUGUACAUCACCUCCACCCUGCCGUACCUGGUCCUUACCAUCUUCCUCAUCCGAGGUCUGACCCUGAAAGGAGCCGUGAGUGGGAUCAAGUUCCUCUUCACACCGGAUGUGAACGAGCUGAUGAACCCCACCACCUGGAUGGACGCGGGGGCUCAGGUAUUCUACUCCUUCGGGCUGGCAUGGGGGGGUCUGAUCUCCUUCUCCAGCUACAACCCUAUUCACAACAACUGUGAACAAGACGCUGUCAUUCUGUCUAUCGUCACCGGCUGUACAUCCGUCUACGCCGCCACGGUCAUCUACUCCAUCAUCGGCUUCCGGGCGACCAGGAAGUUUGACGAGUGUGUCAGUGGUAACAUAAUGGCGCUGUUGGACGCUUUCGAGCUACCAGAAGGCAUUGUGACUGAGGACAACUACAACUUGGCCUUUGACCAUUUGAACGCCAGUCAACCCCAUGUUGUCCAGGGUUUAAACCUCACCACCUGUGACAUGCAGAGACUGCUCAGCGAGGGCGUGGAGGGGACGGGUCUGGCCUUCAUCGUGUUCACUGAGGCCAUCACCAAGAUGCCCAUCUCUCCCAUCUGGGCCGUCCUCUUCUUCAUCAUGCUCCUCUGCCUGGGGCUGUCCACCAUGUUCGGGAACAUCGAAGGGGUCGUCCAGCCUUUGAAGGACCUCGGGGUCUUCCCUAAGAAAUGGCCCCAUGCACUGUCCACCGGUGUCCUGUGUGUGGUGGCCUUUGUCAUUGCCCUCCUGUUCGCACAGGGCUCAGGGAAUUACUGGCUCGCUCUUUUUGACAACUUUGCCGGCUCUCUCCCCCUGCUCACCAUCGCCUUCUUCGAGAUGAUAGCCGUUGUCUACAUCUACGGCAUAGAUAGGUUCAACAAGGACCUGGAGUUCAUGAUUGGACAUAAGCCCAAUAUCUACUGGCAGGUGACAUGGAGGUUCAUCAGCCCCCUGAUAGUCCUCGUCAUCUUCCUCUUCUACCUGGUGACCAAAAUCCAAGAGGAGCUCACCUACUUGGUCUGGGACCCUGAAUAUGAGAACUUCCCCACGUUGGCCUCGAUACCGUACCCUUCCUGGGUAAACGCCGUCAUCGUGGUCCUGGCGGGGAUCCCCAGUCUCUGCCUCCCAUUCUUCGCCGUGGGCCGGUUCAUCUACGUCCGCUGCAGGAAAGACAAAGACCAGGACACGCCCAAGAACGUGCUGUAUAGCAUUAAUAUCUAGCCAUAAUGUGAUA